AUGUAUAUCUAUAUAUGUAAAUAUUUACAGCAUCCACAACGCAGAAAUGAAAGAACAAAUAUAAUUCAACAAUAUCGAAACAUCGCAUUCUUUCUUUCUUUCUCUUUAUGUCUACAACGUUUCUUUCUUUAUUUCUCGUUAUGUCUACAACGUUUCUUUCUUUUUUCUUUCUCGUUAUCACUCCUUAGGGAGAGGUUUGUUUGCCUUUGCUAUCUGUCCAUUUCUCUGUUUCUUUCUUUCUUUCUUUCUUCUCUCUCUCUCCCUCUCUCUCUCUAUCUCUAUCUCUUUGUCUCCCUCUUUACUACGCACUCUCUCUUUCUCUUUCUCCUCUCUCUUUCUUUAUCUUUCACAUCUCUCUCUCUCACACUAUUCUAUCUCUGUUUUUUCUUUUUUUCUAUCUUUUUUCUCUCUUUCUCUAUCUUCGUCUUUCUCUUUCUCCCUUUCACUCUCUUUCUCUCUAUAUUUCUCCUCUCUAUUUCUCAUUGGUUCUCUCUGUUUCUCUCUUUGCGUUUCUCUCUCUCUCUCUUUGUUUUUCUCUCUCUCUCUACCUCUCUCUCUCUAUCUAUCUCUUUGUCUCCCUUUUUCUUACGUACUCUCUCUUUCUCUUUCUCCGCCUUUGUCUAA